AUGGAUCCUACGCCAGGACCUGCUGCUCCUCACCAGCCUCCUUACCAAUACACAGCAAACCAGGGCUACGAACAGACAGAAGAAAUACCCCGCGAACUACAGACUCAAAAAGACGACGGUGCUCUUCUUGAGCAAGAAGACGAUAACGAUUUUGACGAUAUUUUCGAGGAAGAUUUCGACGAUAAUGAGUGGGCUGCUGAUGCAGGCGACUUGACCAAAUCUUAUAACCGUCAGCGCAAUGCCGACGGCGCCGUUGCUCCUCGCUCGAAUCAGCAGAAACCUACUGCGAACACCUUUGCCAGCGUCGACGACCAAGUAUCCGCCCUCUCCAAGCACGCCGCCAAGCUUCGUCUUGACAGUGUCAAACAAGAUGUCGAAAAAGACAAGGACAAGGCCGACCGCGCCACCAGCGAACAAGUCCUCGACCAGCGCACCCGCAUGAUUCUCCUCCAGAUGAUCAACCGUGGCUUUGUUAGCGAAGUCCACGGUGCUAUCAGUACCGGUAAAGAAGCCAACGUCUACGGCGCCGUCCUCUACGAUGAUAAGACUGGCGAGACUACUCAAAGAGCUAUCAAGGUCUACAAGACAGCCAUUCUGAGCUUCAAGGAUAGAGAGCGUUACAUCACCGGUGAACACCGUUUCAAAGGUGGCUUUGACAAGGGAAACAACAGGAAGAUGGUUAAGCUUUGGGCGGAGAAGGAAUUCCGCAACUUACGAAGGAUCUACACAGCUGGUAUUCCCUGCCCAGAGCCUAUCAGCCUCAAGCUUCACGUUCUCGUCAUGGGCUUCCUCGGCGACCGCAAGGGCUGGGCGUAUCCUCGCCUCCGUGACGCUACUCUAACGGGCGACGAUGUCGAUCAGCAGUGGUAUAAGCUUUAUGUUCAGCUGCUUGGCAUCAUGCGCCGAAUUUAUCAGGUCUGUCGUCUUGUCCACGCCGAUCUGAGCGAGUACAACAUUCUCUACCAUAAGGAGAAGCUUUACAUUAUCGACGUGUCGCAAAGUGUGGAGCCUGAUCAUCCUCGGUCUCUUGAGUUCCUGCGUAUGGAUAUCAAGAAUGUGGGUGACUUCUUUAGACGGAAGGGCGUUGAUACGCUUGCUGACCGCGCUAUCUUCAACUUCAUCACUACCCCUGAGGGUCCCGUGGAGGAGCCAGAAAUGGCCAAGGCGAUCGAGACUCUGUACGAGACUCGCGCUGAUACUACUGAAGACCAGGCUGCUCAGAUCGAGGUUGACAACGAGGUGUUCAGAAACCAAUACAUUCCUCAGACAUUAGAGCAGGUUUACGAUAUUGAGAAGGAUGCUCAAAAGGUGACACAAGGUGAAGGUAACGACCUAGUCUACAGUAAUCUACUGGCAGACCAGGUCAUCGCUCCCAAGAAGGAUGGUGAAGACAACGAAGAGGAACAAGCUUCCACAUCCGACUCUGACGAUGAAGGUGCAUCUCUCUCAGGCGACUCAAACGACGAGGCCAACUUCGAAAAGGGUCCUCCCCGCGGCCGUCGCUUCGAGGAUAAAGAUGAGAAGAAGGCCCACAAACAAGCCGUCAAGGAAGCUAAGCGCGAGAAGCGCAAGGAGAAGAUGCCCAAGCACCUAAAGAAGAAGAUCGUCGCCACCUCGUCCCGUCGCAAGAAAUAG